GUUCUCUGACCAUGCCCCAGAAGGAUCCCUGCCAGAAACAAGCCUGUGAAAUACAGAAAUGCUUGCAAGCCAACAACUACGUGGAGUCCAAGUGCGCAGCGGUGCUGCAGGAGAUGCGGAGGUGCUGUGCCCGCUACCCCAGGGGCAGGUCCAUCUGCUGCUCGGGGUUUGAGAAAGAAGAGAGGGAGAGAGAAAAGCCUAAGGCCGCUUCAGAAGGAAUUCCCCCCCCACGGCAGUAACACACGGCAGCUCCGGCAGGUGCCAGGGCACGGACUCACCUGCAGGGCUCCUAUUUGCUUUUGGUUUUCGGUCCUUCUGUAGACUUCCAGGAAAGCCAGAUCGCUCCUAGAACACACCAUCCCGUGCACCAAAAAGUAAAAAUGCAGAACCAACAGCUGGCCUGGUUAACGGACUUUAUUUGCUCUACCAAAACAUUAUCUACCUUCUCUUAGCAUUGCACCUGUGUCUGUGAAAAGUCAACGUGGUGUUUUUAGAACGCUUACCCUCCUCUAAUCCGUCCUCAAUGUCAACGUGCAGGGCUGGAACCAGGUUCUUUCUGACUUCUGGAGUGGGAGGUACAGGAAAUACGCUUAAAAGAGUGAGUUGGAAUGUGACACAUGAAAUGAUCAUCUUGACAUAGCAAAGGGAACGCUGCCAUCCUGCAGUAGUUCCAGACAACAUUCAGCUGUCCACUGGUUCAAGCUCAAGAAUGGGAAUCAGAUCUGGGGUUUGUCCCUAGUUCUGACACAGAUCCUGAGUGACUACAAGUCACUUUGCCUAAGUGCCUCUCCUUCCCACUGGAUAGAGUUCCGAUUACUUUAUAUUGGGAUUGCCUAGACGCUGCUAUUUGCAUGAUAAUAAAGAUGUUACAGGAACAUUAUUUCAGGGAUUGCUACAGGAAUAGGAUUUUUAAAAGAGCAAUAUCCAUUUGGAAAAAUCUGACUGUUGAUAUAAAAACAGAUUUAUAAAUUUGUUACGUGUAACUGAGCACCUUUAAGCAAUAUGCUGUGAGCCCAGCAUAAUUCAAUGCUCUGGUACCCAG